GUUGCUGAGUUCUUGGCUAUUGAAACGGUGGAACUGGAGACCUGGAAGCGCUAAGAUAAGAGCGGGGCAGCACCGAUAAGCCCCAGCUUUCGUGGUCCCUUGGCUCCAUUACCAAACAGCUCUCGUCCCUUUCAACCGAUCCCCAGCUUGUCGCGACGGCCCUCGUGCACCGAAGAUUGACUGAUUGGACAGUGUGCAGACAAGUCUUUCGAGAUGACGUCCACAGAAGUGCACCCGGCCUCCGAACCAGCAAGAUGGGUCUACCUCGACCGCAUCCGGACGCGGCCUGGGCCAUCCACGAAUCCUGAUGUCUUCAGCCCCGAGGCAGCUGCCGCAGCUAUGGAGACGAUGAAGAUCUUGGUGAUCGGAGCCGGAGGCUUGGGCUGUGAGAUCUUGAAGAACCUUGCGCUGUCAGGGUUCAAAGAUAUCCACGUCAUCGACAUGGACACAAUCGAUAUUUCCAAUCUCAACCGGCAAUUCCUUUUCCGCCAAGCAGACGUCGGCAAGUACAAGGCCGAGGUGGCUGCGCGCUUCGUCGAGAAGCGGGUCAAGGGAAUCAAGAUUACUCCGCACAACUGCAAGAUUCAAGACUUUGACGAGGACUUCUACAUGCAGUUCCAGCUCGUCGUCUGCGGGCUGGACAGCAUCGAGGCGCGCCGGUGGAUCAACGCGACGCUCGUCAACAUGGUCGACGAGGACGUCGAGGACAGCUACAAGCCGCUGAUAGACGGCGGCACAGAAGGCUUCAAGGGUCAAGCCCGCGUCAUCAUCCCAACCAUCACGUCAUGCAUCGAAUGCCAGUUGGACAUGCACGCGCCCCGUGCCGCCGUCCCCCUCUGCACCCUCGCCAGCAUCCCCCGGCAGCCCGAGCACUGCAUCGAGUGGGCGCACCUCAUCGCCUGGGACCAAGAGAAGCCCUUCCCGCAGCUGGACAAGGACGAUCCGGAGCACAUCACCUGGUUGUAUCAGAAAGCCCUCGAGCGCGCAGCCGAGUUCAACAUCCCCGGCGUGACGUACUCCCUGACGCAAGGCGUCGUCAAGAACAUCAUCCCGGCCAUUGCAGCCACCAACAGCGUCAUCGCGGCGGCCUGCUGCAACGAGGCGCUCAAGAUCGCGUCCAACUGCGCGCCCGCGCUGGGGUUCCCCGAGGCGAACUACAUGAUGUACUCGGGCAACGACAGCAUCUACACGUACACGUUCAAACACGAGAAAAAGGACGACUGCCCCGUGUGCGGGCAGCUAGCGCGGAAUAUGGACGUAGACCCGACCUGGACGCUGCGCGAGCUGGUCGACUCGUUCGCGGCGCGGCCCGAGGCGCAGCUCAAGAAGCCUAGCGUGCGGGCUGAGGGCAGGACGCUGUACAUGCAGUCGCCGCCGAGCCUGGAAGCGCAGACGAGGCCGAACUUGGACAGGACGCUGGUUGAGCUGGGGCUGGAGGAGGGGCAAGAGAUUGCCGUGACAGAUCCAGCGUUUGCGACGGUGACGUUCAAGUUUAAGCUAAAGUUCAAGCAAUGAUCCGGGUGCAUGACUGGUUCGAUAUUUGGAAUGUCUUUUUUGGCGAGGCGUCCGGGAUAAAUAUAGAGGGGAUAUAAACAAAAGAGGUGAAACGGCAGGAUACCACUGCCAGGUUUGCAAGGUUUCGGAAACCACAGGGACACACUACCGUGCACGGUACAUCCGGAGGGCGCCCAAGACUGAUGGCGCUG